AUGCGCGCUCUGACGCCCCAGCUCCCCAGUCUGUCCUCUCCGCCAAGCCGCCGGGCUGGAAGCCCGCCGCGCCAUCCCCGGCCGGCUCCGGGCACUGCCACCACCCCUCUGCAUCUGACGCCGAGCCCGGCACCAGGAGCCCCGGGCCAGGAAGCUGUCAGGCAGGGGAGGGCCAGCGCCAGCUCUGGACGUUCCGGGACAGCCCCUCACCCCAGUCCCUGUCUCUGCCCUCGGCGCGGCGCAAACGCAAAAGCCUCCGUGGCUGGAGCCCCAGCCGCGGCGGCCGCCCGAUCCCUAAUGGGGACCCUGGCUGCACCCACUAGAGAAGCGGCGGAUCCGGCUCCCAAGGCGGCGGCGGCGGCUGUUCCUCGGUCUUGGCCGCGGCAGCCGCUGCCCCACUCCACCCGCAGCUGUCCCAGCUGUGGCCGCCUGUCUGCCUGCGGCACCCACAGUCUCUGCCGCCGCUCCUGCGGCCCCCUCCUUUCCCCACCUCUUCAAGUAUCGUCUGCGCAGCGGUUUCUCGCGAGAGAAAUACUUUAA